AUGUUCUCCUAUGCUACUUUUGAAUUUCACAUCUGCAGUGAACACUCAGAGCUCUACAUUCACAUCAUCGGCAAGCAAAAUCGAUCCAGAAGGGCGUCUCCUGAUUUCUGCAGCUGGAUACAAAACCUCAACGAGGUGGAAGAAGGUUAUUUGCCGCAAUUGAUUAAAUCAUUACCCAUGUGCCUGUUCGGCCUCUUUACGCAGUCAGAAAUGUUCGCACGGGCUUGCAGCUCUCCGUUUACAAAGAGUUUUUCUCUUCGACAUAAACUGAAGCCGUGCAAUAGUAUAGUCCCCACGACUGUUGCUCAUAAAGGGACUCUACCCCUUUUUAGUAGGUCAGCAAAAAAAGGGGCUGGUGAGCUUGGGUUAUCAGAUCCUUUCCAUCUACAACAAUGUUCAAUUUUCCGCACCUUGUUUGGCCUCACUGGUAUUGCUAGUGGGGUGGCACUGAUUGUUUACCUGAAUCCAUCUGUUCGUGAAUACAUCACCGAGGCUGCUCCCCGGUUGAAAUAUUAUAUGAGUCGAAUGGAUGAUAUCGUUUGCGAAUGGAAAAAGAAAGCAAGCACUUUUAAACUACCAGCAAUACCACCAAAGAAAUUUUUCGGCAGCAGGUACCCCUCGAGUGAGGUCGAUAUUGGUCCCACUUUCCCAGCAGUGUCUGAUGUUAUUCAUCAGGUACCUGAGGUCCCUGAAUCGAUUCAAGAUUUGGAAGGGCACGUUCAUACUGCUGUAAAGAACACAGAGAAGGCAGUUAAUGAUGCUCUUGUGGAUCUUCGGGCUCUACAAAACGUUACGAAGCGUCAGUUGAAUGACUAUCAGAAUGGACCGGACAAAUUCGAUCUCCUAGGGUUUAUGGGCAACAAGUUGAGAGUGGCUGAGCGUAAGGCUAAGGAAAGUCACCAAAAUGCCCAGAAACAACUUGCUCAUUUACGAGCACUGCUUGAUUCAGCCAAAUUGAAUGUGUCGGAGCAGGAAAAAGAAUUAAUGAGGGCAGCCAUUGCUCGCUAUGGAGAUCUUGCGUACGAUCUUUCCGGACUAGUGACAGAGAUCCGUCGUCUUCAAAAUCAAAGCUCUGCCUUCAUGAACCUCACGAGAGCUGAUAAUGAGGAUAAGGCAAAGUUACACGAUGAAAUCAACUCAAUUUUGCCGAAGUCGAUCUCGCGAAAACCUUUCCUUAAGGACGAUGGAUCUGAGAUGACAAUUGAGGAGAUGAACUCUUUGCUAGCUAUGUCUCUGGAGCGGCUUGAUAAGCUACAGGAGAACUUGCAGGCCAGUGGUGCCGCUGCCAAGCGGCACAUCGCGAUGGCACUUCAGAAGUACAAGAAUGAGGCCGAUAUCAUCACCCAAGAAGCUGUGGAGCGGGCUAUUUCACACGAACAAAUUAAACGCGAACUGGAGCGCUUUGAAUGGGAGAAACAGGCGCGUGCCAACACAGAACACGAGUUGAACGCGGCUUUGGCUCGCCACGGUCACCACUUGGCUUAUAUGCUUCGCCUCAAACAGGAUGAGAUGGAACAUCAAUUUGACCACCGUCUGCGCGAGGCGCUUGCCGAACAGAAGAUGACCAUCGAGGGUGAAAUCCAUCGGUGGACUCGUCGAAUGGAGGCCAUUGAACAUGUGGUCGACGGUCGUGCUAACAUUGAUCGCAUCGCUAAGGAGACGCAAGCGCUCUGGCUGGCUGUAGAGGCUCUCGCUUUCGCUUUGGAAAUGCCGUUCUCCAAGAUCGGGUCUUCAGGUACUCUAGGAUGCCAGACCGGAGAGUUCAAGCCAUUCUACAUGAGCGAGCCCCUUGGAAGCUAUGUAGACGCCGUCAAGGGGACUGCAGGCGUGGGUCAUGAGUUCGCCAAUGUGAUUGUUAAGAGCUUGCCGCGAGAGGCACUCACUGAUGGGGUGUGGACGCGACAGGGUCUUCUCCAACGUUUCAAUCAAGUCUACAAGACGGCGUGUAACGUGGCACUGGUAGGUGAGACGGGGGGAUCACUGUGGAGUUACGCGAUGUCGUGGUUGCAGGCGCGCCUGCUCUUUGAUGGCCUUGGCCGUCAGCGGGUGCUGGCGCGGCUGCCAGGUGUAGGACCGACCCUCCUUACACCGGAGAGCGAGUGGCCCGCAGAGGCGGAGGGGGACGCGGUUCCAGACGCCUUCUGCCUGCUUGCUAGUGCACGCGCAGCCCUAAUGCCCGAGACGGACGCAGCGGUGAACGUUGACCCUACCAACUGCGCCGAUAUCGAGUUCGCGGUACGUCUUCUCUCCCAGCUCCGAGGUCAGCCCGCAGCUGUCGCCGCCGACUGGAUCCACGAUGCACGACGCUUUCUCGAGGUGCAUCAGGCCAUCCAGGCCCUCCUCGCCUACGCCACCGCACAAAACUUCUCCGCUUUUGAGGAGAGGCUUUGA